GUAGUCAUGUAAUUCAAAACCCUGGAAGUCUGCUGCAGUGCUUGUUCUACUUCAGUAUACCAUGAAUGCAGGAUGCAGCCAGUCAUACAAAGGAUCCUCUUCUUCACAGAAUGAAAGAAAGACGUGAACUACAAACCUGAAUGCAACCUGAAAGGUCCAAACAGAUGAGCUUGUGACAGCCUUUUCCAGAGCCCAGUUAUCAGGCAAAAGGUCCAUCAAGAUAGCUGGAAAUUCAAUACCAAUCAACUUUAAAGAGGAUGGUUUGUGCCUUUGAAAUACAUUCAUGCAACAAAGGAUUUGAGAGAGGUGAUAUCAGUAAAAAUAGGGAUCCCACAUACCCCAGCUGUGACUCCCCAGAUCUGUACAACACUGAUUAAGACUAUCCAAAAAUUUCAACUUGUUCCUCUUGUCACGGGAAAUAAAUGGGCCAGCUGAAUGUCAGGAUGCAAGUAGUUACUAUUAUACUACUACUUCUUCUUUGUAAAGCAUCUGACUGUAGGAAGACAAGGAAUAGGAGUUUGAGAAACAAUGAAAGGGAAAACAUCUUAAGGAAAGCAUCUAGCACUGUUAAGCGCAAUGUCCAAGGCCUACCAUGUGAUAUAUAUACUUACCUUCAUGAGAAAUAUCUAGAUUGUCAGGAAAGAAAAUUAAUUUUUGUGGCACCUGACUGGCCAGAGGAUUUAAAACACAUGCUACUUGCAAGAAACAGGAUUCGUAAAUUGAAGAAUAACAUGUUUUCCAAGUAUAAAGUACUGAAAAGUCUGGAUUUACAACAGAAUGAUAUAACAAAAAUUGAGAGCGAGGCUUUUUAUGGUUUGAAUAAACUUACCACACUCUUACUUCAGCAUAACCAAAUUAAGAGUUUAUCCGAGGAGAUUUUUAUUUAUACACCCAGUCUAAACUACCUACGUCUUUAUGAUAAUCCCUGGCAUUGCAACUGUGAACUAGAAACUCUUGUUACAAUGCUACAGGUUCCAACAAACAGGAAUUUGGGAAAUUAUGCCAAGUGUGUGCACCCAAUAGAACUGAAAAAUCAAAAGCUAAAGCAAAUAAAAGCUGAACAGCUAUGUAGUGAAGAGGACAGGCAGGACCCCCAAAACAUAAAACGGGAGAAGCCUGAAGCUGUCAAACCAGAACUUGAUUCCUCUUUGUGCCACAUGUAUGUGUUUCCUGUACCAACGCUGAAUUGCAAAAGAAAAGAUUUAAAGAAAGUUCCAGGUAACAUACCUCCAGAUAUAGUUAAACUUGAUUUGUCCAACAACAAAAUUAGACAACUACGAGCCAAGGAGUUUGAAGAUGUCAGUGAACUGAAGAUAUUAAACCUAAACAGUAAUGGAAUAGCUUACAUUGAUCCUGCUGCUUUCUCAGGCCUCAAUAACUUAGAGGAGUUGGAUUUAUCAAACAACAGCUUGCAGAAUUUUGAAUACGGAGUACUGGAAGAUCUUUAUUUUCUGAAAAUACUGUGGCUGAGAGAGAAUCCUUGGAGAUGUGAUUACAACAUUCAUUAUCUUUUCUACUGGUUGAAGCAUCACUACAACGUUCACUACAAUGGCCUAGAAUGCAAAAUGCCUGAGGAAUACAAAGGAUGGUCUGUUGGAAAAUAUGUUCGAAGUUAUUACGAGGAGUGCCCAAAAGACAAGCUGCCCAUUUAUCCAGAAACUUUUGAUCUGGACAAAGAUGAUGAGGAAUGGGAACGACACAAAGAACAAACAGUUCAAACAGUAAAGAAGCACGGUGUAAUAGUCACUGUGAUAGGCUAAUAAGGGAAUCCCCCUUUUUUUAAGUACAUUCAAAUAUUUGAUACUCUGACAAAGAAAAACAUGCUGUUUACAUUUUUUUGUUAAUGAUAUUGAUUGCUUGUAGGACUAUCUGCCUACAAAGAUUUCUGUUUAUUGCAGUUAAUAAUUAUAGAAUGGCAUUAGUUAUACAACAUCCUUCAUCAAGUAAUUGUUUCUGACAAUUUGUUUUGGACACUCUUGUGAAAUAUUUUGGCAAAUAUUUGAAACUAUACAGUAGAAAUCGAUAGACACAAAUGUACAUAAUGUGGUGGGGAGGAGCUGUCUUAUGUAUGAACACAGCUUAUGUGUUGACACUGAGCUUGCUGCAGGAUUGUGACCAAGACACAUUUCUCUUGAAUGUAUUGACAGUUCUUGUAUCUAUCAGUUUCCUGAAAUAUUCCCAGAAAACAAUUCUAAGAUUUUUGUAUCAGCUUCCUGUUGUUUUAUUAUAUAUGAAAAAUCAAACUCAAGACUAACCUUAAACACAGUUCUAGAAAAACAGAAA